AUGUCAGAGAAAUAUCCAAUCGGAACCCGCUUGGAGAGCGAGGAUCUCGUUCGCAAGUGGGGGUUCCAGCAUAUCUUCACCUGGACAGAUGGAGGCAACACUCAUUAUUCUCCGCACACACACACUGGCCUUACGACGCAUCUCAUCCGGCGAGGCUCUCUAACAAUCACUUACCCGGAAGAUAACGCCAAGCUACCCAGCGUUCAAGUGAAGAAAGAGACGUUUCGCGUAGGAGAAAGAGUUGAUGUCCCGGCUGGAAAGGUUCACGAGGUCUGGAUUGGAGAUGAGGGCUGUGAGUAUGUGAUUGGGGAGUAA